AAAGUGAAAAAUGAGAACAUAGCUUUUGCUAUGAAGUGUAUAAAGAAGAAACUCGUAGUGGACACCAAACAACAAGAGCAUAUCUAUUCUGAGAAGAAAAUCCUCGAGCAGAUAUGUUCUCCAUUCGUUGUAAAACUAUAUCGCACAUUCAAAGAUAGUAAGUAUGUAUACAUGCUACUGGAGGCUUGCCUUGCAGGGGAAUUGUGGAGCUUGCUGAGAGACAGAGGCAGCUUUGAUGAAGGCACUACCAAGUUCUGUGUUGGGUGUGUGAUAGAGGCUUUUGACUAUCUACAUCACAUAGGAAUUAUCUACAGAGACCUGAAGCCAGAAAAUUUAAUUUUGGAUGCUGAAGGUUAUAUAAAACUGGUUGAUUUUGGAUUUGCAAAGAAGAUCGGAUCAGGGCAGAAAACCUGGACGUUUUGUGGAACCCCUGAGUAUGUUGCCCCUGAAGUCAUUCUGAAUAAAGGCCAUGACUUCAGUGUGGAUUUUUGGUCCCUUGGGAUUCUUGUGUAUGAACUCCUUACUGGCAGUCCACCAUUCUCUGGCGCUGAUCAGAUGAUGACAUAUAAUUUGAUUCUCAAAGGCAUUGAAAAGCUGGAUUUUCCUAAAAUAAUAACAAGGCGGCCUGAGGAUUUGAUCCGCAGACUCUGCAGGCAAAAUCCUACAGAAAGAUUAGGCAAUCUGAGGAAUGGAAUUAAUGACAUCAAGAAGCACAGGUGGUUGAGUGGUUUUAACUGGGAUGGUCUGAAAGUGAGGAAAUUAACAUCGCCUAUAAAAAGAGAGUUGUCUGGACCGACUGAUUACAGCUACUUUGACAGCUAUCCACCUGAAGAGGGAACCCCUCCAGAUGAACUUUCAGGCUGGGACAAGGAUUUCUGAUAUUUUUUUCUUCCAGGACAUUUAUAGAGACUCAUAAGCAUCAGUUCUAAACCUGCUCUCUUGUUUCUUGCUUAAAAUCAAAUUACACAAGGUUUGUGACAAACACAAUGUUCCUUGAAGGAUAGAAGACAGUACAGCAACCAGAAAUUGUUUGGAUAAUGCACCAAAGUCUGUGUGCGUCUCUUUGUAACAAGAGCAUGCAUUCAGUCAGCAGAUGUAACC